GCGUUCACCGCUCGUCCCCCCGCCCCCUGCCAACUGCUCUUCUCUCCCCUAUAUAUGCACGCCGGGCCGCGGACGUUUCGGCCAUCCCGUCCUCGGAGCCGCGCAACGAUCCAGCGCACGCAGCAGAUUAAGCGGCGACCUCCUUCGAUCGAAGAUGAGCCAGGACAAGGCCGCCGGCGAGAAGGCGGCGGCGGAGCCCAAGAGGCAGACGCCGCGGCUCAACGAGCGGAUCCUCUCCUCCCUCUCCCGGAGGUCCGUCGCCGCCCACCCGUGGCACGACCUCGAGAUCGGCCCCGGCGCUCCGGCGGUGUUCAACGUGGUGGUGGAGAUCACCAAGGGGAGCAAGGUCAAGUACGAGCUCGACAAGAAGACCGGGAUGAUCAAGGUUGACCGGAUCCUGUACUCGUCCGUGGUGUACCCUCACAACUACGGCUUCGUCCCACGCACCCUCUGCGAGGACAACGACCCCAUCGAUGUCCUCGUCCUCAUGCAGGAACCCGUCCUCCCCGGCACCUUCCUCCGGGCCAGGGCCAUCGGCCUCAUGCCUAUGAUCGAUCAGGGUGAGAAGGAUGACAAGAUCAUAGCCGUCUGCGCCGACGACCCCGAGUACCACAACCUCAACCAUCUCAGCGAGCUCUCUCCUCAUCGCCUCCAGGAGAUCCGCCGCUUCUUCGAAGAUUACAAGAAGAAUGAGAACAAGGAGGUGGCUGUCAACGACUUCCUCCCCGCCGAUGAUGCUCGUGCUGCCAUCCAGCACUCCAUGGAUCUGUACGCGGAAUACAUUAUGCACAGCCUAAGGCAGUAGAGUGUGUACUAUUACUAUUUUUCCUUUGCCCUUCCUACUAUGAUGGGAAGCAAAGAAGAUCCCCUCGGAACAUUUGGGAUCUGAUGAACAACCAAGCCAGUCUGCAUUUCUACAUUCUUGCAUUGUACUCCCUCUGUAAACUAAUAUAAGAGUGUUUAGAUCACUACUUUAGCUAUCUAAACGCUCUUAUAUUAGUUUACGGAGGGAGUAUUAGCCAUAUUUUCCCAUCACUGUGGUACUAUGUAUCUCAAGUUUGUAUUCGAGACCUUGUGGUUUGGCUCGUGUAUUAUCUUCAGUUCUUACUGAACGGACAAUAAUAUAACAAUUUUCACAUUGA